AUGUCGCCCGAAGCACUAUCCCAUAUCCCUACCCUAGCACCCAUCCUUUUUCUCACCUUGCCAUUGCUAUUUUUCAUUUUGACAUCAUCUCGAAAAUCGGCAUUCCCUUUCAUCAAUGCAAGAAGGACAUUCGAAUUCAGCAACUCCCGCGCACGGGCGCGGUACAUGAAGGAUGCUGCCGCAUUAAUCAAGAAGGGAUUGAGCAAGGGCGGAGUUUUCCGUAUCAUCACUGAUAACGGCACCAGAACGAUGCUGUCGCCCAAAUAUGCCAAUGACAUCCGCAACCUUCCUGAACUCAGCUUGACCGAUAACUUGGCGACUGAGUUGCAUGUAAAUCUUCCUGGCUUUGAGCCAUUCAGGGUUACAGCAAAUGACAACAUUAUCCAAGAUACCGUCCGCAUCAAAAUCACGCAAAACCUGGCAAAUGCCAUGGUUCCGCUUUGCACAGAAGCUACUUACGUUUUGAAGACUCAGUGGACGGACGCAACAGAGUGGCACGAUAUGCAGCUAAAACCCGCCAUUCUGAAAAUGGUUGCCCAACUUUCUUCCAGAAUCUUUCUGGGGGACAAGAUAUGCCGUGACCCUGAAUGGCUUGACAUAACAAUAAACUACACUAUCAAUGCGUUCACGGCCGCUCAGGAGCUCCGCCUCCUUCCAGAAUUCAUGCGCCCAUUUGCCGUCAGGUACCUGCCAACGAGUCGGAAGGCCCAGCGGCAGCUGAAACAGGCGAGGAGGAUCAUUGAUCCAGUCCUGGAAGAGAGGCGCGCCGCUAAUCGCUCAGGGAGGGGUGUAGAAUAUCAUGAUGCCAUCCAGUGGCUCGAGGAUACUUCCAAAGGCCGCAAUUACGACCCAGCCGCGGCACAGCUUGCGCUCUCUGCGGCCGCCAUUCACACUACAACUGACCUGUUCACUCAGACCGUUCUCGACAUCUGCGGUCGGGAAGACCUCAUCCGCGAACUUCGCGAGGAAAUCGUCACCGUGGUUCAAGCUGAAGGAUGGAAAAAGACGACACUUUACAAGCUAAAAUUGAUGGAUAGCGUGAUCAAGGAGUGCCAGCGGUUGAAACCAAUGGCUAUCGAGGUGUACCUCGAAUACCUCUACAAGCUGCACACCAAGGGAAAGGCACAAUAA